AUGAACAACAUCGACGGCGAAUAUGGUCGGCUCACGGAACAUCUUGGGAACUAUACAAGGAAAGCGGCGAGUUUUAAAGCCUGUAGAAAAUGUCUGCAUUUGGAAAACCUCGAGCUGAUGCGACGGCGCGGAGCCGCAGGAGCCACAGACAAUCUCGAACUCACGUGGGAGCUAGCGGCUUGCAUGGAAGCGACUAGAGAUCUCAGAAAGAAAAGCAACAGUAUUGAAUGGAGCAGCAGAAGCGGGCAAGAACUAUAUGCUAUCAAACCACAACUUUGCCGACAGCGAAACAAAAAUGACCGUCGUCCAGAAUGUAUACAACAUAACUACAGGAACGAGUAA